AUGGCGCACGUCGUAACGCCCCUCGACCAGCCAUCCAACUACAAGGACUCGCAAGCACGGCUCGACCGUCAAAAGCAAAAUGAGCUUUUGGCGAGGUCCUCAACCCUAUAUAUUGGUAACUUGAGUUUCUAUACGACGGAAGAACAGAUCUACGAGAUUUUCUCAAAAUGCACCAGCCCGGAGGAGGGCGGUGGCAUCAAGCGUAUCAUCAUGGGAUUGGACAGAAACACAAGAACACCCUGCGGGUUCUGCUUCGUGGAAUACUAUACUCAUGCGGAAGCGCUGGCAUGUCUACGGUACGUAAGUGGGACGAAGCUCGAUGAGCGGAUUAUCCGGUGCGACCUCGACCUUGGCUACCGGGAGGGGCGACAAUUCGGUCGCGGAAAGAGCGGUGGGCAGGUGCGCGAUGAGCAUCGUCAGGACUAUGAUCCUGGCCGCGGAGGCUGGGGUGCCCAGGCGCAGAGACUGGAGAUCGAGCGCCGGAGGGAAGUCGAAGAGCGUUACGCUGACGCUCAGGAGGGCCCUGGUGCUGUUGCCGGUGGAGGUGGUGACUGGAAGGAGGCAGGCACAGCGGAUAACCCACUUAAGCGUGCUCGUUCACCGGACGAUCAGGGCGACAACGAGAGAGCGGGGGCUCGUGCACGCAUGGACGACGACCAUGCGCGGAUGUGA